AUGCGCUUGACCGCUGUUAUCAUCACCGGUGCUGCGGCUCUUCUUGUCCAGGGUCAAGAAGUCUACAUCGUAGGCACUUCUGAUGCAGCUCAACCAACGAGCGGUGCGGCAAAACCGAAUGCCAACAAGCCUUCGUACUAUUUCCAACCGUUUUCCUACACACUCACCAGUACCGUAAGAUAUGCGGCUUCAUUGCCUGCGCCGACAUCCACGCCCACGACCAUCUAUGGUCCCCGGUAUUCGGACGCUGUCAAACUCCUAAACACCAGCCUAUCGACGACAACGUACGGCAGCUGGCUCCCCGGUCAAACCGCCAUCUCGGCUACAGACACUGACGACAUCUAUGGCCAAGCCGCUUGGUCAUCCAUGUGGCUCAGCGCCAACAUGCCCAACUACACAACCACCGGACUGUACUCGACCACUGUCAACCCGAGCCCCGUUCCCACCGAAGAGCUCGUGGCUCCGCGCAGGGAGUACUUCUUGGCCCAGGAUUCGUACGAGUUCCCCGACGGCUUCUUCCUGGGCGUUGCCGGAUCUGCGGCCCAGAUCGAGGGCGCAGUUGCGCUCGAGGGUCGCGGGCCAAGCCAGCUGGAAGUGGUCAUGACCCCAGACCAAGCCCAGGCCCAUACGACGCUCGAGAACUACUUCCUGUACAAACAGGACAUUGAGCGCAUCGCUGCCAUGGGCGUCAAGUACUACAGCUUCUCCAUCUCGUGGUCGAGGAUCCUGUCCUUUGGCCGCGCCGGAUCACCCAUCAACAAGCAGGGCCUGCAGCACUACGACGACUUGAUCAACUACGUCCUGGAGAAGGGCAUGGUGCCCGUGGCUACCAUGCUCCAUUUUGACACCCCGUGCGCCUUGAUCAAGACGGCCAACGGAUCGGGAAUCGAGGUGCCAGAUCUUCACUUCGACAACAUGGGCUUCUGGAACGAACAUUUUGUCGAAUCCUUUGUAAACUACGGCAAGAUUCUCCUGGCACACUUUGCGGACCGUGUGCCCAUGUGGGUGACGGUCAACGAGCUGAUGAUCAACACCUUCAACUUUACGGGCUUCGACAACGUGGUUCACGCUCACGCGCAGCUCUACCACUUCUACCACGACGACCUCAAGGCCACGGGCCAGAUGGGAUUCAAAUGGAACGCCAACUUUGGCCUGCCCAGGAACCCUCGCAACCAGGCCGACGUCGAAGCCGCGAACCGGUUCAACGCCAUCCAGCUGGGCACCUACGGCAACCCUAUAGCCCUCGGCGAGCAGUAUCCCGAUGCCGUGCUGCAGACCCUCCCCAAGGCCAAGAAGCUGACAGACGAGGAGCUGGCCUACAUCGGCGACACGACCGACUUCUUCGGCCUGGACCCCUACACGGCAACCGUCAUCUCGCCACCGCCUGGCGGCAUCGACGCCUGCGUCCGCCAGGGGCCAAGCCAUCCCCUGUUCCCCAGCUGCGUGGUCGAGUCCCAGGUCGACGUCCACGGCUGGAACGUCGGCUACCGCGCCCAGACGUACGUCUACGCCACGCCCGAGUACAUCCGCUCCUUCCUCUUCUACGCCUGGAACACCUUCCGCAAGCCCAUCGUCGUCGGCGAGGUUGGGUACGCAAUCUUCGCCGAGUCCCAGCGCCAAAUGUCCGACCAGCGCUUCGACUCGCCCCGAAGUCAGUUCUACUUGUCUUACCUGUCCGAGAUGCUCAAGUCGAUCCAUGAGGACGGCGUCAAUAUCCUCGGUGCUUUCGCCUGGUCCUUUGUCGACAACUGGGAGUUGGGCGAUUUCCGCCCGCAGUUCGGAAUGCAGGCGGUGAACCUAACCACGCAGCAGAGGUUCUACAAGAAGAGUUUCUUUGAUCUGGUGGAUUUCAUGGCGUCUAGGAAAGGGAUGGGAUAUUGA